AUAUUGGAUUCAUUUUUCUCCUGAUUUUUCACUGAAUGGAAUGAAGAUUUGGAUAAUGGUCUUCUUGAUGCAUACACAUUGUGGGUGGAGGUCUCUUCUGGAUAGUACUGGAAAUUGUGGUAACUGUGAUUGAUUGUUUGAAUAGUUAUGGCAAAUUCAAAGUUGCCAGUCGAGCAAAAUUUGGAUUCAUCAUUAGUGGCAGAUGGGUAUGAGGGGAUUGGACAUGAUCACAAUUUGGCUAUGGAUUCGAGUCAUAAUUCAGGUUCGGGUGACUUGCAUAUGGGUACUCACGGUAACCCCAACUUGGGUUGGGAACAUGCAAAUGGUGAUGGACUAGAGCUUGGUUAUACCAAGGAGAAUCACAUAGCUCCUCAAAAUCCAUACAUUCAUCAGGUUAAAGAUGAUGGAGAAUAUUUAGAUAGAGUUGAUAAUCCUGCUGGUGUUAACAACCUUAAUGGCGAUAUUCAGGCCUAUGAUAAUCAACUCGCUCUUAGUCAUCACUUGGCUUUGUCAGAGAAUCAUGAAAUGACCAAUGUUGGUUUCGGAAACCAGGAUGUUGCUGAGAAUGUAGAUGUAAAUAUGGAGGAAAAUCAGGAGAGGAGUAAUGUAGUGACAACAGAAAGUGUUGAGCAGGCUGAGUUAGUGUUAGAUCCUCCUGUCCUUCAAAUCCGAUCUUUAGCUCAAAUGGAGAACCAUGAAUUGACAAUUGGACAAGAGUUCCCUGAUGCAAAGAGCUGCCGGAGGGCAGUGAGAAAUGCUGCAAUUGCUCUGCGGUUUGAGGUCCAGACUUUCAAGUCAGACAAGACUCGUUUCACAGCUAAAUGUGCAACAGAAGGAUGUCCUUGGCGAAUCCAUGCUGCUAAGCUUCCAGGGCUUCCUACCUUCUCAAUUAGGACUAUCCAUGACCAUCAUACUUGUGUUGGGAUUGCACAUUUGGGUCAUCAACAAGCCUCAGUUCAAUGGGUUGCAGAUACAUUGGCAGAACAUAUCAAGCAAAAUCCCCAAUGCAAACCAAAGGAGAUACUCGAAGAAAUUCACCGGGUUCAUGGGAUUACACUAUCAUACAAGCAAGCCUGGAGGGGAAAAGAACGGAUCAUGGCUGCUAUUCGCGGCUCAUUCGAGGAAGAUUAUCGCCUUCUUCCUCAGUAUUGUGAUCAAGUUCAAAAAGCAAAUCCUGGGAGCAUUGCACUGGUUUAUAGCAACCCUAAUGAUGGCAGUUUUCAGCACUUAUUUAUUUCCUUUCAAGCAUCAAUCUAUGGGUUCCUAAAUGCCUGCCGACCCCUCAUUGGACUUGAUAAAACUUGUUUGAAAAGCAAGGACCUUGGCAGCAUACUUCUUGCCACUGGUUUUGAUGGAGAAGGUGCUGUUUUUCCUUUAGCAUUUGCAGUGGUUGAUGAGGAAAAUGAUGAUAACUGGACGUGGUUCCUCUUCGAGUUACAUAAGCUGCUCGAGAUCAACACAGAUAACAUGCCAAAGCUCACAAUUUUAUCAAACCGGAAGAGAUGUAUCGUGGAUGGCGUAGAAGCCAACUUCCCAACUGCAUUCCAUGGAUUCUGCUUACAUUAUCUGGCUGAAAGUUUCCACAAGGAAUUCAACAAUUCAAUACUACUUCCCCUUUUUUGGGAAGCUGCAGCUGCUCUCACAGUCAUCGAAUUCGAAACAAAAAUCCUUGAAAUUCAACACAUAUCACCAAGUGCAGCCUUGUGGAUUCAAAACAUUCCUUAUACCUUAUGGACAACAUCACAUUUUGAAGGAAAAAGG